UCCACCAAAGUUUUCUAUUUAUUUUUGAAUCUUCCAUCAUUCUAUAUUAUUGUCAAGGUCUUUCUCUCUUUGUUUGAAGGUAUAAUAAUAACAAUAAUGCAGAUAAGUAAUGGUUACACAGUGCACUUGUUAGAAGGGUUAUAUUGUUAUCUAAGAAGACUUCUCUUUAAAGUGUUAUGUGUUGGGACAGUGCCAAAUCACAUUGCAUUCAUAAUGGAUGGUAAUAGAAGGUUUGCAAAGAAGAACAAUUUGGCUGAAGGUGAAGGCCACAAAGCUGGAUUUUCAGCUCUCUUAUCCAUCCUCAGGUACUGUUAUGAACUGGGAGUGAAGUAUGUAACUGUAUAUGCAUUCAGCAUUGACAACUUCAGAAGGAAGCCAAAAGAUGUUCAAAUUUUAAUGGAACUUAUGAGGCAGAAGAUUGAAGAGUUGCUUCAACAAGAAAGCAUCAUCAAUGAGUAUGGUGUGAGGUUGCAUUUCAUUGGAAACAUUUCAAUGCUUAGUGAGCCUGUCAGGGUUGCUGUGGACAAGGCAAUGCGAGUCACUGCCCACAACAACCACAGAGUUCUUCUCAUCUGCGUCGCGUAUACUUCGCGCGACGAGAUGGUGCAUGCCGUCUACCAAUCUUGCAAGCAAAAAUGGAGCCAUCUAAAUGGUGAAGAGCCAUCAAAAGCAGUUAAGAAUGGUGGUAUAGAGAAAGUGAAAGGGAUUGAGGACAAAGUUGAGAAACAUAGUGUUCCUCCUCCCUCUUCUUGUUCUCUAAUAGAAUUGGUGGAUUUUGAGAGGAAUAUGUACAUGGCAGUGGCACCAGACCCUGACAUUUUGAUCCGAACUUCCGGUGAGGCGCGGCUGAGCAACUUUCUUCUGUGGCAGGCUGGUACCUGCCCUCUGUAUGCACCAUCUUCACUUUGGCCUGAGAUAGGUUUGAGGCACUUGGUCUUGGCAGUGUUGAACUUCCAAAAGUACCAUCAUUACUUGGAGAACAAGAAAGAGAAGAAGAAGCACAAGAACUUUUAAUUGAACUAUGGAAAAUGUCUACUUUAAUUUGGUAACAAUAAUAACAAUAAUAUAGCCGAAUUUCGAGACAGUUCAGUAUAAUUUACUCUUGUUUUCUUGACUCAAAUCAAAAAGUAUAAUGAUGUUAUUUAUAUAUGUAUAUAUUGUAUGAAUCUUAAGCAUACAAAAAUGAACUGAA